CCGGUUGCUCCACGUUGAUUGCAAUAUUUUGACAGCAGUUACGUGUUCGUUGUUUUUAAUUGUGUUUGUAACAAAUUUACUCUGAAUUUUGUACCGGUUAAGGUCUGAUAUGUCUACCAUGGAAGAACUACAAAAUAGGGUACGGCAGCUCGAAGAUGAACUAAUGCAAGAAAGAAAUCGUCAGAAGUCGGCUGUCCGGUCCAAAAUCGACCAAAUGAGCUCGGAAGUGGUGGACUCGAAUCCGUACAGUCGACUGAUGGCACUGAAGAGGAUGGGAAUUGUAGAUAAUUAUGAGAAAAUCCGAGAAUACACUGUUGCAGUUGUUGGGGUUGGUGGAGUUGGAAGUGUGACUGCAGAGAUGUUGACAAGAUGUGGCAUUGGAAAGUUGUUGCUGUUUGAUUAUGAUAAAGUGGAGCUGGCCAACAUGAACCGACUAUUUUACCAGCCACAUCAGUCUGGAAUGAGUAAAGUGGAAGCAGCAGAGAAGACUCUCAAAGAGAUUAACCCUGAUGUUGAGUUUGAGGUGUAUAAUUACAACAUCACUACCAUGGAAAACUUUGACCACUUCAUGGACAAAAUCAGGAAUGGUGGAAUAAAGGAAAAUGCUCCUGUAGAUCUUGUUCUCAGCUGUGUGGAUAACUUUGAGGCUCGUAUGGCUAUUAACACCGCUUGCAACGAGAUUGGACAAUCAUGGAUCGAGUCUGGGGUCAGUGAGAAUGCUGUGUCAGGACACAUACAAUUCAUCAUACCUGGGGAAACAUCAUGUUUUGCUUGUGCUCCUCCCCUUGUUGUGGCAACAAAGACAGACGAGAGAACACUGAAGAGGGAUGGAGUGUGUGCUGCCAGUCUCCCCACAACAAUGGCUGUAGUGGCAGGAUUUCUAGUCCAAAAUACUCUCAAAUACUUACUGAAGUUUGGGGAGGUUUCCUACUAUCUUGGAUACAACGCUCUCCAGGAUUUCUUCCCGAAGUACGCCAUGAAGCCUAACCCACAGUGUGAUGACAGAUUCUGUUGUAAACAACAAACAAGUUUCAAGGAGAGAGAAGCAUUAAAGCCAAAGACAGAAGUUGUAGAAGAGAAAGAGGAAGAGAUUGUACACGAUGAAAAUCCUUUUGAAAUUGAAGUUGUGUCAGAAAUGACAGAGGAAGAAUCGAGAGCAGCAGAAGGGGAGACACCGGAGUUAACUGAGGGUUUAAGACUUGCCUAUACUACACCAGAUCAAACUACACAGGAUGAAGCAGCUUCCAUAGAAAAGACAGAUAAAAGUAUAGAGGAAUUGAUGAGAGAGAUGAAGGGUCUAUGAUACAGCUUGUAAGGUCUAGAACAAUAUUGAUACCAGAUCUGACAUUCAGAUGCUUCGACACCGACUACACACUUGCAAUGUAACGAGGCUGUGCCAUUUCCAAACCACCGUUGUGAUUUCUGACUUUGUGGAUAUUUUAAUUCUAAGCUUUGAAAUGUGUUACUGUGCAAAUGUGAUAGAACGACUGGAGGAAUUUCGUUUCAUCUCUCAUCAAGUGUGGCUUAGCAUCUUUAAGUGAUAAUGUUGCAGUUAAUUUAUUUCUGAAGCCAAUGUGUUUACAGAAUUUUUCCAUGUUGAAUUAAACAUUGAAUUAAAUGAAGAAAAAAUACUGUCAUUUUACACAUUACUUAAAUUAGUAUACCCAUGCAUGUCUUUUGAACGACCAUGACAACGUUACACAUCACGGGCGAUAUGAUGCUUGAAUGCCGACAUAUGGUAUACCACUAGGAACUUGUGUCUUGGAUUUUAUGGUAUUUAGUUUAUUUGGUGGCAAUAUUCGUGUGUCAAUAUAUCAGGUGUUAUUAUGUUCGCGUGUGGAUAAUUUUGCGCAGAUUUAAUGGUCGUGAAAUAAGCGAAAAUUUCCAUGCCCCGAACAUUUCCACUUUUACAGUACAUGUAUAUGUAUAUUCGUGCAAGUGUUAAAAUAAGCUAUAUAUUACAAACUUCUUGGAUGGUGAUAUUUGACAUAGAGGCUCUCUAUGAGUCGGACAUUGAUUCUCGUAAGUCCAAAUACAAAAGAGAAUUGUGAUAUUUGAUUGGUUUGUAAUCUGUUUUGGCUUUUAGCUUCAUGCUAAAAUAUCCCAUAUUGAACUUCAACACAAGUGGUGCAAAUUCUCCCGCCUAGUAAUGACUGUUUUCACAGUAUCGCUUUGUACAUAUAUAUAGCACAGUGUAUAUGUACCCUAAUACAAUUCUGAACCCAGGCCUGAAUCAUUCAUUUUCCAAUUUAACAUCAUACCAGCUAUACUAUUGUCACAUUUUAGCAUACUUGUAUAUUUGAUUGUUAAAAGUAUUUUUCUCAUCUGUAGUCUUCUGCAUGAGAAUUCUGAAUGAGUCUCUGUGAGUCUGUGAGAAAGUGUAUGGGUUUAGUAUUAGUGGAAAAACUCACAAUCAGUCAAAUCAAAAACCCACAUUUGUUUAUGUACUCACCUGGAAUACCUUAUUGCAUUCAUUAAUGUCUGUGAUUAUCUGUAAUUGGUUCGGAGAAUUCAUGCCUUCUCUGAUCCAUUUUGGAGAUUUCUUCCACUGCUGCAAGAGAACUUUGGUUUAGUUUAGUUUUGAAAUAUUAAGAAUAUCAUGUUUUACGAAUUGUACCUUCUGUUUAUCAAAACACUGACUGAUUUGGACUAGGUUUAGGUUUCUAAAGUUAUCAUAAAAUUUACAGGAAUAAUCUUAAUUCAUGGAGCAAAUGAAAAAAAAAGCAUUUUCACUUUUGAAGAUUUUGUCAGACAGGAACACAUUGAAGAAUAAUGCCUGGCCGGUUGGAUCAGAAAUAAGUUCCGAACAGUUCUGGUCCAUAGUUAAUGCAGAGAUAUAUGUCUCUGGUUAAUGCAAAAAAAAAAAGAACGGUGAAAAAUUCCUGAAAAGUAAUAUUAACAUUUAUAUAUAUCCAAAAUACCAACUAAUGGUUCCAUUAAGUUAAAUUUUACCUUGGCUAUAUAUACAUAUACAAAUUUGAUGGCAUUAAUUUCUCUCGCUGAUAAAAAAUUGAUGGCAUUUAUCAGAGACAUAUAUAUCUAUAUAUGUCUCUGCAUUUAUUUCUCUCGCUGAAUAUGUUUAUAUACUAUAGACAGUACAUUUUUGAAUGGUACAGAAUUUUUUUCAUAUUUUCACCGGUACAAUUUUUGAAAAUGUUUUUAUUUAUUAUUUGAAUGAUUUUGAUAUUAUAAACAAUUAAUUAUAUCGGCGUAAGUGUUCUGUUACCGCCCUUUUGAAUACACCGUUAUGAUUGUACACGGUGUACAUGAUCAGGUCAAGGGAGAUAACUCUGAAGACCUUCGUUUUGGUUCUGCCAAAAAUCAUGAUCAAUUUCAAAAGGCAUUCGUAUGUUUGUGUGCGACUUUGAAUUAUGUUUAAUUUAUCAUUAUCAAUUUGCAGGUAUACAAGAGAAAAUAUACAAAAUAAAUGAUAGGAAUAUAUUAAAAUACUUUAUUUAUAUUGCUUGUAUGGUGAUUAUGUGGAGUGUGGAUGUUGAUAGGAUGACAGAUGUUAUAAUAAACACUUCUCUGUUAGA